ACCGGGUCUCUUAGCGUUCUUCAACGCCUCAAAGUGCUUCGGACCAGAUCAUCCUAUGGCGCUUCUAAAUCAUUCGGAGGUGCAAUCCCAGCUGGCAUCCCUUGUGCAAGAUGCCACCAGGCUGGAAGCACAGCUCCAAGAUGUGCGGAUCCAGGAUGGGAAAAUAGAGACGAUCACUGGGAUGCAAGUCCUGCAAGAUUGGCUGCAGGUGGAAUUAACCGCCCUGGAAACUCGUUUGAGGAGUGGCCUGAUGGAUGAUCUCAGACCUUUGCUGAGGCAGAGUCGAGAUCUGAGCAUGCCGGAAGACCAGGACCCUGUGCAUCCUGCGUCUCCUUGGGCACCUUGUCCUUCAGUACCAGCGUCUGCUCCAGUGCGGUUGGCCAUUUCUCAGGGUGAAGACGCCAAGGAUGCCCAAAAGCUGCCGGGCAUGGUGGCUGAUGAGCCUCCACGGCCCGAGAGCCCACCGCCAAGAAGGCAGACUGAGGUGGUGAAGAAGCAGAUUCCGGCCACUGCAGGUGUGAUGUGCCCAGUGGUCCCAGAGAAAGGAAGAGCUCCUCCGGUAUUGGAGAAGGCCAGUGAAAAACCGACCCCUUUUGACGACUGCAGAGAAUUGGUUCGGCGAUACUUUGUGGAGAACUCUUAUUUUGGAUACUUUGUGAUCUCGUUCAUCGUUCUGAACUCCUUAAUGAUGGGCAUCCAAGCAGAUUGGAUGGUCACCCAUAUUGGGCAACAGGCUCCAGUGUGGUUUGACGUUUUUGAGUACAUUUUUGCUGUGGUCUUUACCUGGGAGCUUGUGAUGCGAAUCCUGGUCUACAACAUCAAGUUUUUCCGGAUGCCUGAUUGGAAAUGGAACAUCUUCGACUCGGUGGUGGUUGGCCUGCAAGUCUUUGACAUCAUCACAACUUUAGCUAUUGGGACUGGUGGCAAUGGCAACCUCAAUUUCAUGAGGCUAGUUCGUCUCUUGAGACUCUUGCGCAUCCUACGGCUCAUGCGCGUUCUACGAUUCGUGCAGGAGCUUCGAUCAAUGGUCAUGUCCAUAGCAGCAUCGUUGAAGUCUCUCAUGUGGACCAUUAUACUGCUGGCUUUCUUGAUGUAUGGUGUUGGAGUUUGCCUCAUUCAAAUGGUUGCGGACAAGGGUUUAGAUGAGCCGCGCAUCUUUGAGAUUGCGCCUGACAUCAAGACCUACUAUGGAUCUUUGGUUGAGGCCUUGGUCUCCUUAUUUGCAGGGAUUACUGGUGGAAUUGAUUGGAAUGAUCUCUUGGAACCAUUGGAGAAUCAAAUCGGCCCCUGGCUCGCUGCCUUGUUUGUCCUCUACAUCGCUUUCGCGGUCCUGGCCAUGAUGAAUGUGGUGACAGGAAUCUUCGUGGAGUCUGCCUUGCAAUCAACCAGAGCAGAUGAAGAGAAAGAGGUGAGGCAACAACUGCAGGAGCUCUUCAAGCACGUUGAUGCCAGUCGUGACGGAUUCGUGUGCUGGGAGGAAUUUGUCCAGCAUUUGGAGAAGCCCGACAUGAUGCGAUGCUUUGAGAGUUUGGGCUUCAACAUCUCUGAAGCAUAUGGCCUUUUCAAGUUGCUUGACACCGAGCAGUCUGGCAACAUUGAGUGCGAGGAGCUCCUGGAAGGCUGCUUGCGCUUGCGAGGUCCAGCGAAUGCCAUCGAUGUGGCCACUUUGCAGUACUCAUCAAAGCGUGUUUUUGAAUGGUGGCGAGGUAAGAUGGAUUGCGUGGAAGAAACGCUAAUGUGUAUCCUGGACAUCCUCGACGCCGUGCCUUCCUCAGCAGAUGCUGACCAAAAGGAUCACAUGAGAUCUGUCGUCGACAAGUUGCACAUACAUCGAAGUACAGGGAGGGACACACGAAUCUUUGAGACCUGGAAGAAGUUCAAGCAAAAAUAGUGCCAAAAGAUUUCAGCUUCAGCAAGCUUAUAACGCAAGCUUAAGGGGCUUGCCGAUGGCUUCAGGCACUUUGCCGGAGGCAAGUGCUGAAUUGCAGGGUUCAGUUCUCGCAGAGCCACUGUAGAGUCCAUUUUCGCAGAAGGGCUCUGCGGCUUCGCUUAAGGCGUCCGCCUGGACCUUUCCCGACAGAUCCUCAAACCCCUCAGACCUUUGCAGUAAAA